AUGCUCACCGGUUUCCUGAACAUCGCCUUCUCCUUUGCCAGUACGGUCCCCCUCUUCACAGGGAUCUGGCUGCUCAACGGCCUCUUCCAGGGCUGUGGUGCGACACCCUGCAACAAGAUGCUGGUCAACUGGUUUCCCGCCCGAAGUCGUGGGAAGUGGUGGAGCAGCUGGAACGCGUCUCACAACAUCGGCGGCUUCCUGAUACCCCUUUUAGCAGGUGGCCUGGCCGCAAGGUUUGGCUGGCGUGCGGGCAUGAUGGGCCCAGGCGUGAUUGCCAUCCUAGCAGGGCUUCUCGCCCUGGCUACGAUGAAGGACUCUCCUGAGAAAGCGGGCUUGCCUUCCGCAGAGGACUGGGCGGCCCCAAGGUUUCAGGAUGAGGUUUCAGGGACGCCCGAGCCUGCCUCCGUGGAAGACUCCACGGAGAAGGUUUGGGAGUCCCUUCUCCGGAACAAGUUCCUGUGGUGCAUGGCUGCCAUGCAUUUCUUCAUCUACUUCAUCCGCCAGGGCGUCCUCAACUGGGCACACUUCUACAUCAUGGACGAGUUCGGGGUUCCAGCCCUUGAGGCCACCGCGCGUGUUAGCGGCUUUGAGCUUGGAGGCUUGCUGGGAUGCAUUGUAUCCGGCCAGGUUUCUGACUGGCUGAUUAGCCGUUACCCUCAGCGAGGGGCAGCUGGUUUGCGGGCCCAGGUUAUGAUAGCAUAUUCGCUGCUGGCUGCAGCAGCGGUCUUUUGUCUCUGGGUGGUGCCUCCACUUGCUGUUCUCCAAUGGAUUUCGAUGGCAGCAUUCGGUUUUGCCAUAUACGGUCCCCAGACGCUCAUCACCAUGACGGGUGUCGAGACAGUUCCUCGGAAGGCAGCCGCCACAGCCGGAGGCCUUUUAGCGUACCCUGCGCAGCUUGGCUCGAUGUGUGCAGGCUUGCCGUUCGCCCUGCUGGUCCAGGAGUACGGCUGGGGCGGCUUCUUCCCAAGUCUCAUCCUCUUGAGCCUGGUAUCUGCCACGGUGAUCAUUCCUGGUUGGAACACGCCAUCCUACCGCCAGGAUCUCAGUCUUCCUGUGGCUGUGAAGAUGCUGAAGCCUUUUGAGUGCUGGGUGACUGGGUGCCAAGGCUGGGCCGCAAACCCAAGGGAGAUGCAGCUGCGAAAUCAGCCGGACCGGCCCGGAAACGGCUGGCUGGUUGGUUGCGUUCAAAACGGCUGUAUGCGGAAGAAUGCGGCAUCGUCCAAGAAGCGAAAGUGGCAGGAGGAGCUCAGCGAGGAGAGUGACGGCGAGGGCGAGCAGAUUACGGUGGAGGAGUUAGAGAAAUGGAAGGAGACGCUCGCUGAGGAGGAGAAGCGAGAGCAGAUGGAGAAGGAAGAGCAGGAAAGAAGAGCUCGAGAGGAGGAAAGAAGGCGCAGGGCCGCAGAAGAGGAGGAGCGGCGAAAGCGCGAACAAGAAGAGGCUGAAGCGCGAAAAGAGGCCGAAGAGGCCCGGAAAGCUGCAGAGGAGGCCGAGCAAGAGAGAAGGCGCCAGGAGGAAGACCUCAUUCCUCCGGGUGCUCAUCCGCCUGACGUCUUGGGCCUCAUGCCUCCAGGCUUGAAGCCGGACAAGGCGCAUCUGUACAAAACGUCGUUUUGCAAGCGAUGGGAGCAAGGCAACUGCAACUUUGGCUCCGCGUGCCACUUUGCUCAUGGCGAACGAGAGCUCAGAGGGCGGCUGCCAUCCCAGGCUGGCAUGCCAGGGCCCCUGGCCGGAGUGGCACCUCGACCUGCGCUUUCUUCUGUGCCUUGCAUGCCCGUUUCCCCUCCGCGUCCUCCGAUGCCGCCUCGUCCACCUGUCCCCGUGUCCAUGGGCAAAGGGGACUGGAAGGGUGAGAAAGGCAAGGGCUUCGAGGGCUUCGAUAGUUUUGAGCUUGGCAAGGGCGGA